AUGGAUAUCACGCCCGCGCUCUCCGCAAUCCUCGUCCAGUCUCACUCCGCGAAGGCCAUUUCGCAGGAGACCAAGCGUCUCACGCAGACCCUCGAUGCCUUCCUGAAAGAAGCCUACCAAAUCAACUCGUCACUAAACUCGCUCCUUACAUACCUUCGAGCAAUUCGCCAACCUUACCUUUCAUCGGCUCUUCCCCCGCGGCGCUCUCACCAAGCUGCUUCCACCGGUGUUGGACCUCUCCAAGACAUCCCGACGCAUCUCACAGACCCUCAGCGUACUGCCAUCGAUGAGUCGACAUCCUCCCUCCUCCGAGAUCUCAAUGGGAGCAUUGUCAACCUGUCAUCCGCGGCAGACCUACAGCAUGACACCGCAUCGAAGAUGUUGCAGAAGAAGUACGGUCGACCCACAUCGAUACUAUUGCGAUGGGCUGCCGGCAGCGACGGGCCCGACCGGGACGCGGGAAAGUCGGACGAGCAGAUUCAAGAAGAGGGAAGGGUGCGCACAACCACGGACUUUCGGAGCGCCGUACUUUGGUAUCUGCGCAUGAAGCUGGAAGUGGCGGCACGGACACAGGGCGGCAUGGUCGAUCAACGCGUGGAACGGGAACGACAUAAGCAACUUAGUCGACUCAGCGAUGUGCGAAAUAAAGGGAUACGGAGCACAUCCCUGCCAACAAAGCAGGGCAACGGGGAGGACGGUGGCGUUGGAGACACUGGUGACAGCUAUGGUGCUAUUGACCUGAGAGGCCACGACAGAUACGAUCCCACGCACGACAGCUCCAAUGGCGACAAGAACGCCUUGCAGCUCUCGGAAGAACAAGUCCAACUCUUCGAGACCGAAAAUGCGGGACUCUUCUCCCACUUCAACGAACAGCUCUCCAAGAUUACCGUGGCGGAGAAGUCUCUCCUCGAGAUCUCCAGUCUGCAGCAGACGCUAUUGGGCCAUCUAAGCGUGCAAGGUGAGCAAAUCGAGAGUUUAGUGGACAAUGCCGCGCAAACUGGAGAGGACCUCAAGAAGGGAAACAAAGAGCUGAAGAGGGCUGGCGAAAGGGGGAGUACAGCGAAGAUGGUCUUUUGGGGGACGGCAGGGCUUUGUGGGUUUCUGGUGACUUGGGAUUUGAUCUUCUGA